AUGACGAGGAAUAAGCUAAACCUAUCUUACAUCACCAAUGAGACGAUAAGAAAAUCAACAUUCAUCAAGAGGAAGAAAGGUUUUUUCAAGAAAAUCCACGAGCUCUCCGUUCUCUGCGGAAUCCAAGCAUGUGCUAUUAUCCACAGUCCGUUCAGCUCAACCCCGGACGUGUGGCCAUCGAACUCGGAAGCGAAGAACGUAGUGGAGAGGUUCGAGGCGAUUCCCGAGAGCGAACAAGAGAAGAAAAUGGUGAACCAUGAAAAGUUUCUCGAACAAUGCAUCACAAAAAUCAAAGAGAAAAUCAUCAAGAAGAUAAAGGAUAAUAAGGAGAGGGUCAUGCAGGAGACCGUGUACCAAUUUCUUAGAGAGAAAGGGAACAUGUUUCAGCUGACUGACAAGCAUCGUGACGAUUUGUGUAGGUUUAUUGAUCAACAACUUAAGGAGCUACAUUACCAUAGGAAUCAACUCCUAAAUCAACCCCAUGUUGAAUAUGGGGAAUCUUCUGCAGCUGCUAAUGCCAUGACACAACCAGAAGCUGUAGCUGAAGAGGGUUUCUUCUCUUUCCUAAAUCCUGUUGCUUUCAACACUGCUCCAAAUCCCAUAAUCUCUCCGAUUCAGAAUCUACAACCGUUUGAUGCUUUUGAAACUAACUAUCCUCCUGCUGGCAGUGACCAACCAGGUUAUCAUCACCAAAUGAUGAGUCAGGUAGGUGGUAAUUAUCAUUUGCAUCAAAGUUUAAAUUUAGAUCUUAAUCCUAAUCAGUAUCAUCAUCAGUUUGAAGGAUACCCAAAUGUAGCUCAAGAUGGAAAUUACAAUCAGACUCAAAAUCAGAAUCAUCAACAGGAAGAAUGGUUGGUUAAUCAGAGGAUGAUGAACAAUCCUAACCAAGUGCAUUUUCCUAUGAUGGAUGACAACAACAACAACAACCAGCUCUAA